AUGACCAAGGAUAGUGAAAAGGUUAUACCAGAGUACCUUGAGACAGCCAGAUUUAUAUUUGAUAACAUGACGGAUGCCUGGGGAACGAAGUGUGGCGGCGGCCUUCCAUGGAGGAGAAGCGAUCCUCAACCGUAUCUUGGGGCUAUCCAAAACGAGCUCUAUCUCAGCGUCGCAGCCCACCUCGCGAACCGCGCAUUCACGGCCAUGGGAAAGAGCAAGUAUCUGAAUGGGGCACACAAGGAGUGGUCAUGGUUCAAGAACAGCGGUAUGAUCAAUUCGGAAGGAAUCAUCAACAAUGGGUUAAAUGAUCGUUGCCAAAACGACAUGGGAACAGCAUGGACGUACAACCAAGGGGUUGUUCUCGAGGCACUUGUUGAACUUGACAAAGCGACGCCUGGUGGGUGCUGUUUGGAUGAUGCAAACAGACUUGCGCAGGCUGUGCUAGAGAACAGAAAUUUGGUCAACGAGCGGGGCAUUCUCCGUGAGCCAUGCGAGACGACUGGCAAACCAUGCGAUGGGGAUCAGAGGUUGUUCAAAGGGAUAUUUACUGAUGGGCUGGCAACGCUUCAAAAGAGAAGCCCCCAUCCUAUCUAUCGACAGUUCUUGGAACGAAACGCUGAGGCCUUGUGGAAGAAUGGUUCAAGAAACGGACAGAUAUCUUUGCGCUGGACCGACCCCUUCAAUGAAAGUGAACUGGAUGUCGGAACUCAGUAUUCAGGCCUGGCUGCUCUGGUCGCGGCUGCGUCGGUUCAGCAACACCUCAAUUUUGGUGUUGAGCUUGAGGGAGUUGCUGAAGACCCGGAAUCAAAAGGCUGA